AUGUCACAGUGGUCUAGAAGAAAGACUGGCGGACUGCCAGUACGAAACUUAUCACUUCCAAUAUUUUUUGGCGGCAUUUCUGAUGAAAACCAGGCGGCAGAGAUAAAAGAAGCCUUGAAUAACACCAGGCUGUGCAAUUUAACCAAAACUAGAACAAUUAAUCUUAGCUGUCUAGCAAUAAAAAACAUUCCAAUUACUCCACUACUAUCCGUACUUAAAGAAGACCAGCUUCCACUAAAUGAACAGGUAGACUAUGAAACAGUGUUUAGUGAGAUAAAUAUUAUACUAAAUCUUGAAGGAAACUUGAUUGAGACCCUUCCUUUAGAUCUAUUCACCGCCACACACAUUCAUGCUAUACUUCUUCGGUCUAACAAACUUAGAACUGUCCCCAGUAGUAUAGGAAAUCUGGUGCGACUGCAUACAUUGACUCUAUCAAAUAAUCCAAUUGAAUAUCUGCCUAUUGAAAUACUUUACUUACCCAUUAUGCUAUUCACUAUAUGCAAUAAACACUUUUUAUCUGCUGAAGAGAUUGAUAGAAGAAAUGCUCUGAUUGCUUUUGAUGACACAACUUUGAAUGAGCUAUGCUUAAAAACCGUGGUGUCUGGUGACAUGCCAAACAUCUCUCCAUCAAUUAAAAAGCAGCAUUUUAUAUGCUAUGGAUGUAAACUACUAACCACAAGUAGAAAUAUAAUAUUUAAGCUAAUUGCAUAUAAAGGCCAUACGAUUCCAUUUUCCAUGCGGGUUUGUUCUUUAAACUGCAAAGAAAAGUGCUUAUACAAUGAGUCUGACUCUGCGACAGCUUAACAAGAGUAAGAGUACUCAUUAAAAUGGCUGUAACUUAUCUAAAUCGGACAGAAAAGCUAAAUAACCCAAAAUUGUACUCUUUGGAUUUAAAUUUUAAUAAUUGUAGUAAACACUCUGCACAUUGUCUAAAAUUA